GACCACAUCGGGAGACACGGUGGAGCUGGUGGAAGAAUCUCUGGACAUCAAAAAAAAAAACAACUCUGUACGCCUCCGCAUCCAGGGCUGCCCGUUUCUACCGGGCGGCGUGCAUCUCUGCGAGGUGCAAAGCCACUUGGUCGUCCUGCUGAUCACCGGGCAGACGGUGCAUCGCCUGGUCCUGCCGCAUCCCUCCCGCCUGUACCGCAGUGAGCUGAUAACAGAGAGCCAAAUGCAGUCCGUGUUUACAGAUAUUGGCAAAAUCAACUUCAGAGACCCUUCAAAUUACUACGUGAUUCCCAGUGUGCCAGGCCUGGCGUCUAAUUCUGUUGCCUCAGUGGCGUGGCUUAGCAGCGAGGGAGAGGCUCUCUUCGCUCUGCCCUCCGCUUCGGGAGGAAUCUUCGUCCUUAAGCUACCUCCUCACGAUGUACCUGGAGCAGUUUCGGUUGUGGAAUUGAAGCAGAGCUCGGUGAUGCAGCGUUUCCUUACUGGUUGGAUGCCAACUGCCAUCAGAGGUGACUGUGGCCUGUCAGACCUGCCUAUCAGCCUCUCUGUUCACUGCGUAGAUCACGAUGCCUUUCUCUUUGCUCUCUGCCACGACCACAAACUUCGGAUGUGGUCCUAUAAGGAUCAAAUGUGCCUGAUGGUUGCAGAUCUGCUGGAGUUCAUGCCAAUCAGCAGGGACCUGCGGCUUGCAGCUGGGACUGGGCAUCGACUGCGACUGGCCUUCUCCCAGUCUCUGGGGCUUUACCUUGGCGUGUACAUCCACACGCCCAAGCGAGGGCAGUUCUGUGUCUUCCAGUUGGUGAGCACCGAGAGCAACCGUUACAGCCUUGACCACAUAUCCUCCCUGUUCUCCUCGCAGGAGACUCUCAUUGACUUUGCCUUAACCUCGGCUGAGAUCUGGGCGCUGUGGCACAGCGAAGAGAACCAAACCAUUGUGAAAUACAUCAACUUUGAGCAGAAUGUAGCGGGUCAGUGGAACCAGGUCUUUGUGCAGCCACUGCCUGAGGAGGAAGUGACAGUUCGACAUGAUCAGGACCCCAGGGAAACCUACUUGGACUAUCUCUUCACGCCUGGACGGUUUACAAAUGCAGCUAUCCAGAAGGCUUUACAGAUCUUUUCUCAAGGAACCGAGAGACACAUGGAUCUGACAUGGAAUGAGUUAAAAAAAGAGGUGACCUUAGCUGUGGAAAGCGAGUUCCAGGGCAGCAUGACAGAAUACGAGUGCUCGCCAGAGGAGUUUUGGCAGCUGCAAGUGGAGUUCUGGUCCAAGUUCUAUGCCUGCUGCCUUCAGUACCAAGAAGCUCUCUCACGGCCCCUGGCCCUGCACUUGAAUCCCUACACCAGCAUGGUGUGCCUGCUGAAGAAGGGCUCCCUGUCUUUCCUCAUGCCCUGCUCCUUGGUGGACCAUCUCUAUCUCCUGUCUAAUGAGCACCUCCUGACCGAGGACGACACUGCCAUUUUUGAUGAUUUGGAGAUGUCUCGUGAUGUUGUCUGUCUUGUCCAGUGCCUUCGACUGAUCGGAGAAUCAAUUUCCAUGGAAAUGGCAUUCAUAAUGGAAAUGGCUUGCUCUCGCCUCCAGCCUCCAGAAAAGGCUGCAGAGCAGAUCCUGGAGGACUUGAUAGCUAAUGACACGGAGAAUGUGAUGGAGGAUAUACACAACAAACUGCAGGAGAUCAGAAACCCCAUCCAUGCCAUCGGAGUGCUCAUCCGAGAGAUGGACUACGAAACAGAUGCUGACAUGGAAAGAGGUUAUCUUUCAGCUCAUCAUCUGAAUAUGCGCAUGAACCUCACCCAGCUGUAUGGUAGUGGUACAGCUGUCAACGUGGUUUGCUGGGGGAUAUGUAAGAUUGCCACGGUCCGUUUCCUGAUCUGUCGGGACCUGUUGAUCCUCCAACAGCUGUUGCUGCGGCUUGGAGAUCCUAUGGUUUUGGGAGGGGGACAGCUGUUCCAGUCUCAGCAGGAUCUGCUGCACCGCACCUCUCCCCUGCUGCUGUCCUACUACCUGAUCAGGUGGGCAAGCCAGUGCCUGACGUCGGACGUCCCUGUUGACACGCUGGAAUCUAAUCUGCAACAUCUGUCUGUGUUGGAGUUAGCAGACACUACUGCUCUAACACCUCAUAAACUAGUAUCCGGCCCUCAAACAAUUGUGGAGCUGUUCUUUCACGAAGUGGCUAGAAGGCACAUCAUAUCUCGACUCUUCUUGCAACCGAACACCUCUUUGGCUGAAACAAGUUUGAACUGGCCCCAUCUCAUUACCGCAAUAGUGGCUGACUUUCUGCCGCUCCUAUGGCCCAGCAAUCCUGGCUUCCUCUUCCCAGAGUGCCUGAUGGGGAGCUGUCAGUACACCCAGCUGCAGGAAUACAUUCGCCUGCUGCAGCCGUGGUGCCACGUGAACAUGGGCUCCUGCUGCUUCAUGAUGGGCAGGUGCUACCUUGUCAUGGGUGAGGGGCACAAGGCUUUGGACUGUUUCUGCCAAGCUGCGUCAGAGGUGGGAAGAGAAGAGUUCUUGGAUAGGCUGAUCCAACCUGAGGAGGGUGAGAUGGUCUCCACUCCACGCCUGCAGUACUACAACAAGGUUCUGCGCUUAUUGGACAUGGUGGGUUUACCAGAGCUGGUCAUCCAGUUGGCUACUCUGGCUAUCAUGGAAUCGGCGGAUGACUGGAGAAGCCAGGCUACUUUGAGGACUUGCAUCUUCAAACAUCACUUGGAUUUAGGACACAACAGUGAAGCAUAUGUAGCCUUAACACAAAACCCAGAUCCAGGCAGGCAGCUGGACUGUCUGCGCCAGCUAGUGGUGGUUCUCUGUGAACGUUCCCAGCUCCAGGACCUGGUGGAAUUCCCCUAUGUGAACCUCCAUAACGAGGUUGUUGGGAUCAUCGAAUCUCAUGCUCGAGCGGUGGACUUGAUGACCCACAAUUACUACGAGCUGCUGUAUGCUUUCCACAUUUACCGCCACAACUACCGCAAGGCUGGAACAGUGAUGUUUGAAUACGGCAUGCGCCUGGGCAGGGAAGUCCGGACGCUCCGAGGGCUCCAGAAACAAGGAAACUGUUUCCUCGCUGCUAUUAACUGCUUACGGUUGAUCCGCCCAGAGUAUGCCUGGAUAGUGCAGCCAGCUUCUGGAGCUGUGUACGAACGCCCUGGAGCAUCCCCGAAGAGAAGCCAUGAUGGGGAGUGCACGGCUGUUCCAACAACACGGCAAAUCGAGAUCCUGGAGCUGGAGGAUUUGGAGAGGGAGUGUGUGUUGGCUCGAAUACGGCUGACUCUGGUGCAGCAUGACCUGUCAACAGCGGCUGUGGCAGGCAACUCGUCGCCCGAGGAAACAGUUGCUCUGCUGGUCCGGGCCGGCCUCUUUGACACCGCCGUCAGUCUGUGCCAAACAUUCAAGCUGCCCUUGACACCCAUCUUUGAGGGACUCACUUUCAAGUGCAUCAAGCUGCAGCUGGGAGGGGAGGCAGCACAGGCAGAGGCCUGGGACUGGCUAGCAGCAAACCAGCUCUCUGCCCUGGUUACCACCAAGGAGUCCAGUGCCACAGAUGAAGCCUGGCGGCUGCUGUCAUCCUAUUUGGAGCGUUACCCGUCCCAGAACAGCCUGUACCAUCGCUGUGUCAUCAACAAGCUCUUGGCACACGGGAUACCUCUGCCCAACUGGCUCAUUAACAGCUACAAGAAAGUGGAUGCUGCCGAGCUGCUUCGUCUCUAUCUGAAUUACGAUCUGCUGGAGGAGGCUGUGGACCUGGUCCUGGAGUACGUAGAUGCUGUGCUGGGCAAAGGGCACCAGUAUUUUGGAAUUGAGUUCCCGCUGUCCGCCAUGGCCCCCAUGGUGUGGCUGCCCUAUGCCGCCAUCGACCAGCUGCUCCAGGCACUGCGGGAGAGCAACACCAACCAUUACAACGUCGUGCUCUAUCAGAAGCUGCAUGACAAGAUGGAGGACUACGAGCAGAAGGUCAGUGUGGCCACCCGGGAUCGCCUGUACCGCCGCAACUAGCGGCAGCCCUGU